GUGCACUUUCUUUUCCCCUGCGAGCGUUGUACAGUCAACAGGAGAGACUUUAGAAACGAUUCAAUAUUUUAAUAUUUUAGUUUUAAUCAAGUGAAAAGAUGGAUCUUGUACAGCCGACUCAGGAGAAUGCGGGACAGAUGGUGAAGGACGAGUUGGCAGAGAAAUGCCAGAAGCUUUUCCAGGCUUUCUUAGAAGAGUACCAGACAGCAGACGGUGAGGUGAAGUAUGUCCAUGAUGCUGAGGAGCUGAUCAGGCCAGAGAGAAACACUCUGCUGGUCUCCUUCACUGAUCUGGAAGGAUUUAACCAGGAACUGGCAACCACCAUCCAGGAGGAGUUUUACAGAGUGUAUCCCUUCCUUUGCCGUGCGGUGAGGAACUUUGCUAGGGAUCAUGGGAAUGUCCCUGUGAAUAAGGAGUUCUACUUGGCCAUUCAGGACCUGCCCACCAGACACAAGAUCCGUGAGCUGUCCUCCCUGCGUAUCGGCUCUCUGGUGCGGAUCAGUGCACAGGUAGUGAGGACGCACCCUGUACACCCAGAACUGGUGAGCGGGACGUUCCUGUGUCUGGACUGCCAGGGGGUGUGUCCAGACGUGCCCCAGCAGUUCAAGUACGCACCGCCCACCGUCUGCAGGAACCCUGUCUGCAGCAACCGCGCUCGCUUCCAUCUAGACACACAUCGCUCCAAGUUCAUCGACUUCCAGAAGGUGCGUAUCCAGGAGACCCAGGCAGAGCUUCCCAGAGGGUCCAUCCCCCGCUCCCUAGAGGUGAUUCUGAGGGCCGAGGCUGUAGAGACGGCCCAGGCCGGAGACCGCUGUGACAUCACUGGCUCACUCAUAGUGGUGCCCGACGUCUCCCAACUCAGCACCGCAGGUGUGCGAGCAGAGACCAGUUCCCGUGUAGGAGGGAGACAAGGUUAUGAGAACGAGGGCCUUCGCGGUCUUAAAGCCCUGGGAGUCAGAGAGCUGUCCUACAGACUGGCCUUCCUCGCCUGCCAUGUGGCUCCUACCAACCCCAGGUUUGGAGGAAAGGAGCUGCGUGAUGAGGAUCAGACAGCGGAGAGCAUCAAGAGUCAGAUGUCAGUUCAGGAGUGGGAAAAGGUGUUUGAGAUGAGCCAAGACAAGAACCUCUACCACAACCUCGGCACCAGCCUGUUUCCAACUAUACACGGUAACGAUGAGGUGAAGCGCGGUAUCCUGUUGAUGUUGUUCGGGGGUGUUCCUAAAACCACCAUGGAAGGAACGUCUCUCAGAGGAGAUGUCAACGUCUGCAUUGUAGGAGACCCCUCUACCGCCAAGAGCCAGUUCCUCAAGCAUGUGGAGGAGUUCAGUCCCAGGGCUGUGUAUACCAGUGGGAAGGCCAGCAGUGCAGCAGGUCUAACAGCAGCCGUGGUUCGAGACGAGGAGUCACACGAGUUCGUCAUCGAGGCCGGAGCACUCAUGCUCGCUGACAACGGUGUGUGUUGUAUCGAUGAGUUUGAUAAGAUGGAGACCAGAGACCAGGUGGCCAUCCACGAGGCCAUGGAGCAACAGACCAUCUCCAUCACUAAAGCUGGAGUCAAGGCCACUCUGAAUGCCCGUACGUCCAUCCUGGCGGCUGCUAACCCGGUCGGUGGUCGCUACGACCGCAGCAAGAGUCUGAAACAAAACGUCAACCUGUCCGCUCCCAUCAUGAGCCGCUUCGACCUCUUCUUCAUCCUAGUGGAUGACUGCAACGAGGUGACAGACUAUGCCAUAGCCAGGCGUAUUGUGGAUCUGCACUCUCGCAUUGAGAACUCAGUAGACAGACUCUACUCUCUGGAUGAGAUCAGAAGAUACCUGCUCUUUGCCCGGCAGUUCAAACCCAAGAUCUCUGGUGAGUCGGAAGAGUUCAUCGUGGAGCAGUACAAACGGCUGCGUCAGCGUGACGGCUCUGGGGGCGUGGCCACAUCGGCCUGGCGAAUCACGGUGCGGCAGCUGGAGAGCAUGAUCCGCCUUUCUGAGGGCAUGGCCCGCAUGCACUGCUGUGAUGAGGUCCAGCCGAAGCACGUCAAGGAGGCAUUCCGCCUGCUCAAUAAGUCCAUCAUCAGAGUGGAGACGCCUGACAUCAACCUGGAACAUGACCAGGAGAUGGAGGAGGAAGAGGAGGGGGAGAACGGUCAUGACAUUCCUAACGGAGUGAAUGGCCAGGUUAACGGGCAGGUGAACGACCACACCAACGGAGUUACCGGCCAAACCAACGGUGUGAAUGAUCACGCUGACAGCAGCUCCAAGCCCUCGCUGCGCCUCACUUUCCCAGAGUACCGCCGCAUCUCCAACCUGCUGGUGCUGCAUCUCCGCAGGGCCGAGGAGGCUGAGGAGGAGGAGGAGUUGAAGAAGAGUGCAGUGAUCAACUGGUAUCUGAAGGAGAUGGAGUCAGAGAUCGACUCAGAAGAGGAACUCAUCAACAAGAAGAGCCUCAUAGAGAAGGUCCUACACCGACUGGUGCACUACGAUCAUAUCCUGAUAGAACUGUCUCAGGGGGGGCUGAAAGGGUCAGAGACAGAGACACAGGAAGAAGUUCUGGUCGUCAACCCCAACUACACUCUGGAGGACUAGACUCAUCUCAUCCCUCCUUCAAUCUCUCCUCCCCUCCAACCCUUUUCCUCCUCCUCCCCUCUUUCCGUGGGUUUAUGUCAGACGCCAAUUCAAGACUCUUGAAGCUGUUUUUAUUGAACAUUGAUCUGUGUAAUGACGUUUUAAACUUUUGGUAAGGUUUCAUUUCAUUCCUGCUUUAUAGAGUUUUUCUCGACUCUAGCCUGUUUGAAAACUUUUAUUUGUAUUAUUGUUGCCAGGGGAAUAAUGUAAAUAUGUUGCUCUGAUUUCUCCAGAGCAUUUGCUGGCUUAUGGCUGUUGAAAUGUGUGCGUCUCCUCAGUUAACUUGAUGUUAAUCCUCUGACUGUACUUCCCAUGUUAAAUGUACGCAUACAAAAAAAUACACACAAAUGAAAGUCUACCUUUGAUGCAUAUGUUUUGUAUACAAAAAUACAAAAGUGUUAUAGCAUGUGGAAAAAUGCUUCCCCAUUAAACAAAGAGAAGAAUAAUCAAAUGUUUGAUGCUGUUAAUGCCCUCCCUGUGGCCAGUGGUGUUUUACUGACCUUAUUAGAUAUGUCUCUGCAUCAUAGCUGCUGUGUGAAUCGCUGUACUGUACUGUGCAGGUCUAGUCAUUUAAUAAAGGACUGUCUUCUCCAUGCGAUUCACACACA